AUGAGUCAAAUUUUAAGUGAAACAAAUACGGUUUUGUUUGAUGAGUCAUUGUCUGUAUUUGACGAUUGUAAGAAUAUUAAUACUAUAGAAACUAUUCCUGAAGUUGUGUCUUCCAACAUGCCAGUUAAUAAAGGUAGUGCUGCCGCCGCGGCCAAUUCUACAUCAAAGGGACAACCUAAGCUGCCUUCAAACAGUGAUAUUAUGGAGUUUCUAAAGUCACUUGAGACUAAAAUUGAACUUGAACGGGAAAAUGGCGAUCUUAGAGACCAGGUAACAUACUUAAAAUCCCAGUCAAUGCGGAACAAUCUUGUUUUUGGAGGCAUAGUCGAGGAACAAAAUGAAGACUUAGAUAAGAAAUUACGUGAAAUCCUCGCCAACAAACUCAGAAUUACUCAAAGCAUUGUUAACUCCAUGAAAAUUGAGCGUAUACACAGGAUGGGUCAACUAAGUGAUAACCCUGGUCAAGGCACGUGUCACAAAGUGGUUUGUAAGUUCGCGUACUUCUCAGACCGCGAACUCGUCAGACGUCAAAGGAAACUCCUAGAAGGCUCGAACUACUUUCUUCACGAACAGUUUCCUCCUGAAAUCGCGGCAAAACGUCGCAAAUUGAUUCCGAAACUCAAGGAAGCAUUCAAAGACGGGAAGAAGGCCUGGAUUGUUUAUGAUACUUUAUAUAUAGAAGGUCAGCUUUCUUUAAAAGAAGAUUUAAAGACAAUAAAGGAAUGUGACAUUAACAAUAUUAACUUUAACUGUAGUAACAACGACGACGAAAUCAUCGCAGUGCAGUCUAUAGAGUUUUGGUAUUCUCCUGAAUGCGAAAGUGUAUGCUGUGAAUACAACAGCAGUCACGCUAAAGAUGAUCCAUCCUCAGGUGACAUUGAAGCUGUUCGCCGAAUGUGCUCUGGUAAACAGUCGUGCACUCUAAACUUGGAUGUACUGCGUGAUUUUAGCCCUUUUGGUCUUCAAAAAUCCGUUUAUGUUAUUAUACAGUUUCACUGUAUACCUAGAGCAAGGAGAACGUCAGUUUGCUCUAGUGACGUGGAGCUCAUGUCAAACGGACUUCCGUUGUACCUUACAAGCGAAAACUAUCCGAGUGUGGUAACUGGAAAUAGCAUGUGCUCAUGUUCGUUCUCAUCAUGUUCGUCAAAUAUCAAUCUUUAUGUUAUUGAUGUAGACUUAUAUCUUGAACCGGCAAAUUGUGAACAAAGUCUUCAAGUUUUGAGCGGCGCUGAUGCAGUUUUACAUGAGAUGAACUGUGAAAGUCACUAUGACAGGAACGAUAUAGCUGUAACUAAUCUGAACUCCCGUUACGUCAACAUAAAUUUCAUUAACAAUUCAACACAGAAUCAAGAAGGUUAUUUUUUUCUUGGAUUUGCAGCUUCGGAUCAAAAUGCGAACUUCACCCUUACUUGUCGGGAUGAACCAGCGUCCAGCAUGUGUAUUGAAUAUGCAAUUUUUGUAAGUAGGAAUUAUAUUAUUUCUUCACACAUAGACUGUGGCGCACCAGCAAAUGUGGAUGGCGCAAAUGUAUCAACAUCAAAUGAUAAUCUUGAAAACUCGGUAGCAACGUAUGUUUGCGAAAAUGGACAUACACAUACUUCUGGAGAUCUAGAACUUACUUGUGGGUCCGAUGGUAAAUGGAAUGGAACAGCGCCAGUCUGUACACCUGACUGUGGCUCACCAGAAAAUGUGGAUGGCGCAGAUGUAACAACAUCCAAUGACAAUCUUGAAAACUCAGUAGCAACGUAUGUUUGCGAAAAUGGAUAUACACAUACAUCUGGAGAUCUGGAACGUACUUGUGGGUCCAAUGGUACGUGGAAUGGAACAUCGCCAGUCUGUACACCUGACUGUGGCGCACCAGAAAAUGCGGAUGGCGCAAAUGUAACAACAUCAAAUGAUAAUCUUGAAAACUCGGUGGCAACGUAUGUUUGCGAAAAUGGAUAUACACAUACUUCUGGAGAUCUAGAACUUACUUGUGGGUCCGAUGGUAAAUGGAAUGGCACAGCGCCAGUCUGUACAUCUGACUGUGGCUCACCAGCAAAUGUGGAUGGCGCAAAUGUAUCAACAUCAAAUGAUAAUCUUGAAAACUCGGUAGCAACGUAUGUUUGCGAAAAUGGACAUACACAUACUUCUGGAGAUCUAGAACUUACUUGUGGGUCCGAUGGUAAAUGGAAUGGAACAGCGCCAGUCUGUACACCUGACUGUGGCUCACCAGCAAAUGUGGAUGGCGCAAAUGUAACAACAUCAAAUGAUAAUCUUGAAAACUCGGUAGCAACGUAUGUUUGCGAAAAUGGACAUACGCAUACCUUUGGAGAUCUAGAACGUACUUGUGGGUCCAAUGGUAAAUGGAAUGGAACAGCGCCAGUCUGUACACCUGACUGUGGCGCACCAGAAAAUGUGGAUGGCGCAAAUGUAACAACAUCAAAUGAUAAUCUUGAAAACUCGGUGGCAACGUAUGUUUGCGAAAAUGGAUAUACACAUACUUCUGGAGAUCUAGAACGUACUUGUGGGUCCGAUGGUAAAUGGAAUGGCACAGCGCCAGUCUGUACAUCUGACUGUGGCGCACCAGCAAAUGUGGAUAGCGCAAAUGUAACAACAUCAAAUGAUAAUCUUGAAAACUCGGUAGCAACAUAUGUGUGCGAAAAUGGACAUACACAUACUUCUGGUGAUCUAGAACGUACUUGUGGGUCCAAUGGUAAAUGGAAUGGAACAGCGCCAGUCUGUACACCUGACUGUGGCGCACCAGCAAAUGUGGAUGGCGCAAAUGUAUCAACAUCCAAUGAUAAUCUUGAAAACUCGGUAGCAACGUAUGUUUGCGAAAAUGGACAUACACAUACUUCUGGAGAUCUAGAACGUACUUGUGGGUCCGAUGGUAAAUGGAAUGGAACAGCGCCAGUCUGUACACCUGAUUGUGGUACACCAUCAAAUGCGGAUAGUGCAAAUGUAACGACAUCGAAUGGUAAUAUUGAAAAUUCAAUAGCAACGUACGUUUGCGAAAGUGGAUAUUCACAUACAGCUGGGGAUCUAAAACAUAGUUGUGGGACCGACGGUAAAUGGAACGGAACAUCGCCUGUCUGUACUCCCGAUUGUGGAACACCAGCAAAUGUGGAUGGCGCAAAUGUAACAACAUCAAAUGAUAAUCUUGAAAACUCGGUGGCAACGUAUGUUUGCGAAAAUGGAUAUACACAUACUUCUGGAGAUCUAGAACGAACUUGUGGGUCCGAUGGUAAAUGGAAUGGCACAGCGCCAGUCUGUACAUCUGACUGUGGCGCACCAGCAAAUGUGGAAGGCGCAAAUGUAACAACAUCAAAUGAUAAUCUUGAAAACUCGGUAGCAACGUAUGUUUGCGAAAACGGACAUACACAUACUUCUGGAGAUCUAGAACGUACUUGUUGGUCCGAUGGUAAAUGGAAUGGAACAGCGCCAGUCUGUACACCUGACUGUGGCUCACCAGCAAAUGUGGAUGGCGCAAAUGUAACAACAUCAAAUGAUAAUCUUGAAAACUCGGUAGCAACGUAUGUUUGCGAAAAUGGACAUACACAUACUUCUGGAAAUCUAGAACGUACUUGUGGAUCCGAUGGUAAAUGGAAUGGAAAAGCGCCAGUCUGUACACCUGGCUGUGGCUCACCAGCAAAUGUGGAUGGCGCAAAUGUAACAACAUCAAAUGAUAAUCUUGAAAACUCGGUAGCAACGUAUGUUUGCGUAAAUGGAUAUAAUCAUACAUUUGGAAAUCUAGAACGUACUUGUGAGUCCGAUGGUGACUGGAAUGGAACAUUGCCAGUCUGUACAUCUGAUUGCGGUACACCAGCAGUUGUGGAUGGCGCAUCUAUAACAACAUCAAAUGGUAGUCUUGAAAACUCAGUAUCAACAUAUGUCUGCGAAAAUGGAUAUACACAUACAUCGGGAGAUUUAGAACGUACUUGUAAGUCCGAUGGUAAUUGGAAUGGAACAUCGCCAGUCUGUACACCUGACUGUGGCACACCAGUAACUGUGGAUGGUGCAAAUGUAACGACAUCGAAUGGUUCUAUUGACAACUCAGUAGCAACGUACUUUUGCGAAGAUGGAUAUACACAUACAUCUGGGGAUCUAAAACAUCUUUGUGCGGCCAACGGUAACUGGAAAGGAACAAUGCCCGUCUGUACUCGCGACUGCGGCCCACCAGAGAAUGUGACGGGGGCAGUCAUAACAACUUCAAAUGGAAGUAUAGAAAACUCAACAGCAAAUUAUAUCUGUACAGACGGAUAUGCACAUACGUCUGGGAAUCUGCAACUUACAUGUGGUUCCGAAAGUAAAUGGAACGGAACAGUUCCAGUUUGCACCCCAGACUGUGGUCCUCCAGAAAACAUUACAAAAGCAGUUGUGACAACUUCGAAUGGUAGCAUUGAAAAUUCAGUAGCGACAUACGCCUGUGAAAAUGGGUACGCUUACAUUUCCGGAGACUUGCAACGUGUAUGUGGAUCCGACAGUAAAUGGAACGGAUCCUCGCCUGCUUGCAUACCCGACUGUGGCUCUCCAGAAACUGUGACUGGUGCUACAGCUGCAACUUCAAAUGGAAGUAUAGAAAACUCGACAUCAACAUACAGCUGCGAAAACGGAUAUACACAUACUAGCGGAGACCUAAAACGUACCUGUGAUUCCAACGGAACAUGGAGCGGAACAUUGCCGACUUGCACACCUGACUGUGGCAAUGUCAAUACAAUCGAAAAUGGGAAUUUGACCCUAGCGAACAUUAACGCCACUCUCGUUGGAGCAACAGCCACAGUGUCUUGUAAUAAAGGAUACAACAUAUCAGCACCGUCAAUAACGUGCCUUUCAUCUGGACAAUGGGAAAGUGCCGCAUGCAGUAUUAUAGACUGUGGACAGCCCCCGCUUAUAAUGCACGGGAUUAUUUCAGUUUCAUUGGAUUCAAGUACAACAUAUGGCUCUAUCGCACGUGUCGUUUGCGACACAGAAUAUAAGACCGAAAAGCAGAAUGUUGUUUGUAAAGAGACAGGAUCAUGGGAGAAAAGCGUUUGUAAGAGAAAAGCAGAUCAAGAUGUGCCUGUAACUAUUUUGGUCUCCGUACUGGUGGCCGUGGUGGUGGUCGCCACAGUAGCCGUCGCAUUGAUCUUGGUUUUGAAGAUUCUACCACAGAAAACACCUAAUAUGCCAUCCAUAGAAUAUUCGAGUCCAUUUUCUCCAUCACCUCCCCUGGCUUGGAACAGUCCUGUACACGCAAUGAAAGAAGAACAAAUAUUUGACUGGAACCAUGAUGCAUACAUUUAUGAUGGAAAACCUUGUCAGCUUUCAUUAAAAGAAGAUUUAAAGACACUUAAGGAAUGUGAUAUUAACAAUAUUAACUUUAACUGUAGCAACAACGACGAAAUCAUCGCAGUGCAGUCUCUAGAAUUUUGGUAUACUCCUGAAUGCGAAACUGUAUGCUGUGAAUACAACAGCAGUCACACUAAACAAGAUCCAUCCUCAGAUGACAUUCAAAAUGUCCACCGAAUGUGCUCUGGUAAACAGUCGUGUUCUCUUAACUUGGAUGGUGAGCGAGCAAGAAGAACGUCUGUGUGCUCAAGUGACGUGGAGCUAAUGUCAAACGGACUUCCGUUGUACCUUACAAGCGAAAACUUCCCGGAAGUGGCAACUGGAGAUGGCACAUGCUCGUGUUUGUUCUCAUCAUGUUGGUCAAAUAUAAUUCUUUAUGUUAUUGAUGUAGACUUAAAUCUUGAUCCGGGAAAUUGUGAACAAAGUAUUCAAGUUAUGAACGGCACUAAUGCAGCUUUACACGAGAUGAACUGUGAAAGUUACUAUGACAGGAACGAUAUAACUGUAACUAACCUGAACUCUCGCUACUUCAAAACAAAUUCCAUUGACAAUUCAACACAGAUCCAAGAAGGUUAUUUUUUUCUUGGAUUUGCAGCUUCGGAUCAAAAUGCGAGCUUCAUCACCCUUACUUGUCAGGAUGAGUCAGCGUCCAGCAUGUGUAUUGGUCAACUUCUACCACAAGAAGAGCUAAAAAAUGUCACAUCGUGUGACUUUCCUAUAAAAGUAACCUGUGGAAGCAAUGAAAUUAUUGCAGUUCAUUCCUUGUACUUCUGGUACCAUGCAACUUGCACUGGCACAUGCUGUAACUAUGACAGCAGUCACUUUAGUACUGGUGCAGAUUCCGGCGUUAUCCAAGCUGUCCGUCGUAAGUGUUCGGGUGGAAAUGAAUGUACACUAGUCCAGCUUGAUCUUGAUGGUAAACGUGAUUUUGGAAGUGGGGGUGUCCACGACCCUUCUUACAUUAUUGUCAAAUAUUACUGCAUACCUGCAUCGAGGACGACUUCAAUUUGCUCAGAUGAAACGCUAACGUCUGCAGGUGAACCAGUGUAUCUAACAAACGAGAAUUAUCCCUCCGUGACGACUGGAAAUAGCACGUGCUCGUGUUCUUUAGAAGUUUUCUCGUGCACGUCGAGUAUAAACCUUUAUAUACUUGAUGCAGACAUGUACUUGGAUGCAGCAACUUGUGAACAAACUAUUGAUUUUGUUGAUGGUACAAGUACAUCUCUCAGUAUGAUCAAUUGUAAAUCUUAUUAUGAAAACAGGAUAGAUGAGAUAAGCUUUAGCACCAAUUACGUGAAAAUUGAUUUAAUUGAUAAUUCUGUACAAAAUCAAGAGGGAUACAUUUUCCUCGGAUUUGGAGUGUCUGAAAAAGUUGCCUUUAAACUCAGCUGCCCAUACGAACAACAAACUGUAUGCCGUGACUGUGGAGUUCCGGGCCUUAUUCCUGAUGGAAAAUUGGAACUCGUCGAUAGCAGCAACAGUAGUUAUGGUUCAUUAGCUGAGGUCAUCUGUGACAAUGGAUAUGAGUCAGAUGAUUUAAAUGUCAGUUGUCUAGAUACAGGCGAGUGGGAAAGUACUGCGUGUUCACUCAAAGAUUGUGGGACACCGUAUGAUAUCUCCAAUGGCACUAUAACACCUGUCAUCAGUGGGAGUACAACCUUUGGCACAACAGCUAAUGUUAUAUGUGAUGAAGGAUUUAAAGUAAAAGGAAAUUGUGCUGGUACCCAGUUUCAGUGUGGCGAUGGUUCGUGCAUCGACAACAGUUUGUGGUGUGAUAAUUUUCCACAUUGUGACGACAUCUUAGACGAAUUAUUGUGUGAUGGUGAGCAGUCUUGUCUUGAAGGUCAAAUGUUAUGUGGUACGAGUUGUGUUGAUUCUCAAGUAGGCCUAUCAUGCAAUGAUAGCGGUUCAACUGAUGUUGAAGACAGCACUGGAAAUAUUAGCUGUUUAGUGAUAGGCAAAUGGGAGGUUGUCAAAUGCUCAGCAAAAGACUGUGGAAAUCCCGUGGAGAUUCAGAAUGGUAAUAUAUCCCUUACUGACAUCGACAUGACAACGUAUCAGUCAACGGCUGCCGUAACAUGUGAUGCAGGUUUUGUGGCAUCGAUUGAAGCAAUUUCCUGUCAGGCAAAUGGCACUUGGGAAAAUGCCAGUUGUAUUACUGACUGUGGUCCGCCUCAAAAUGCGACCGGUGCCUCAGUAACAACUUCAAAGGGUAAUAUUGAAAAUUCAGUAGCAACAUAUGUAUGUACAGAUGGAUACGCACAUACAUCUGGGGAUCUACAACGAACAUGCGGAUCUGACCAUAAAUGGAGUGGAAUAUUGCCAACAUGCACGCCAGACUGUGGAGAUCCAGAAAAUGUUACUGGUGCAUCUGUUACAACGUCAAGUAAUAACUUAGAAUCCUCUGUUGCUACAUACCUAUGCGGAGACGGGUACAUGCAUACUUCCGGCGAUUUGGAACGGACGUGUACAUCCGAUAGUACUAGGAAUGGAACACUUCCAACUUGCACACCCGAUUGUGGAGAUCCAGAAAAUGUAAAUGGUGCAACUGUUACAACGUCAAGUAAUAACUUAGAAUCCUCUGUUGCUACAUACCUAUGCGGAGAAGGGUACACGCAUACUUCCGGCAAUUUGGAAAGGACGUGUACAUCCGACAGUACUUGGAAUGGAACACUUCCAACUUGCACACCCGAUUGUGGAGAUCCAGAAAAUGUAACUGGUGCAACUGUUACAACGUCAAAUAAAAACUUAGAAUUCUCUGUUGCUACAUACGUAUGUGGAGAACGGUACACGCAUACUUCCGGCGAUUUGCAGCGGACGUGUACAUCCGACAGUACUUGGAAUGGAACACUUCCAACUUGUACACCUGAUUGUGGCACUCCUCCAAAUUCGACGGGCGCUGAAUUAACGACAUCAGCUGGUACUCUUCAAAAUUCAGUUGCAACAUAUGUUUGUCAAAAUGGAUUCACUCAUACAUCCGGUAAUCUUAUGCGUACAUGUGGACCCGACAGUACAUGGAAUGGAACACUUCCAACUUGCACACCCGAUUGUGGAAAUCCAGAAAAUGUAACUGGUGCAAUUGUUACAAUGUCAAGUAAUAACUUGGAAUCCUCUGUUGCUACAUACGUAUGUGGAGAAGGGUACAUGCAUACUUCCGGCGAUUUGCAACGGACGUGUACAUCCGACAGUACUUGGAAUGGAACAUUUCCCACUUGCACACCUUAUUGUCGAGAGCCAGAAAAUGUAACUGGUGCAACUGUUACAACGUCAAUUAAUAACUUAGAAUCCUCUGUUGCUACAUACCUAUGCGGAGACGGGUACACGCAUACUUCCGGCGAUUUGCAACGGACGUGUACAUCUGACAGUACUUGGAAUGGAACACUUCCAACUUGUACACCUGACUCUGGCAAUGUUAAUACAAUAGAAAAUGGGAAUUUGACCCUAGCGAACAUAAACACCACUCUCGUUGGAGCAACAGCCACAGUGUCUUGUACUAAAGGAUACAACACAUCAACAAUCUCAAUAAUGUGCCUGCCCUCUGGACAAUGGGAAAGUGUCGCAUGCAGUAUUAUAGACUGUGGGCAGCCCCCGCUUAUACUGCACGGGAUUAUUUCAGUUUCAUCAGAUUCUGAUACAUCAUAUGGAUCUACCGCACGUGUCGAUUGCGACACAGGAUAUAAGACAGACAAGCACAAUGUUGUUUGUAAAGAGACAGGAUCAUGGGAGAUAAGCGUCUGUAAGAGAAAAGCAGAUGAGGCCGUGCCUGUUACGAUUUUGGUCUCCAUACUGGUGGCCGUGGUGGUGGUCGCCACAGUAGCAGUCGCAUUGAUCUCGAUUUGGAAGAUUCUACCAAGGAAUACACCUAAUUAGCCAUCUAUAGAACUUUCGGGACCAUCUUCUCCAACACCUCCCCUGGCUUGGAACAGUCCUGUACACGCAACGAAAGAGGAAAAAAUGUAUGACUGGGACCAUGAUACGUACUUAUAUGAUGGAAAACUUUGAAAAGUUUGGUCAUUAGAAGACUGUAAAGAUUAUCUUGUUGAAUCAUACUUUUAAUAUACAUUAGGUGCAAUUAAAACUUGAUAUUAUAACUUUACAUGUUAUUAGCGUAAUAUGUAUGGUACAAGGGAAUAUUUAAAUUCAAAUGUAGAAAGAUAUAUAUUAUGUAAUUAAUUUCUAAUAAAGGUUUGGCCAAAUAUGAGAGUGGCCAAUCAUUCAUUCAGUCAUAGCGUUAUUGUGACAUGUUCGUGUAAAUAGCAAUUAUAAUAACUAUGUGGAUAGUUUUACAUAAAUUGACGUGAAUAUCAUAUAUCUAUGAAAAAAAAGUGAAACUUGAAUUUUGUAUUUGUUAGUUUGUAGAAAACGUGUUUUAUAGAAGUCCAGACUGUAAAGGACAAGUACCACUUGGCACAUGUAUACGUGUUGAGAUUUAAAUACUUUUUCACCUAUAUGCAGAUACAACCGUUUCAUGACCAACCUUCCACAUAUGAACUUUCUACACGUGACUGUAACUACAUCAAUAGACAAAUUAACAAGGCCGAUGGUUGCUCUGUUGUUUAACCGGAUGUUUUGAUUCUAAUGUUAUUUACUGUGUGACAAAAAGGCCGUUCUUAUAGAUCAAAAAUAAUAUACAGGUUGUUGCUAAGCGGUGCAAUUUAUUACGUACUAAUUCUGCAAAUGACAUGAUUAAAUAUAGGUCACAUUGGUGAUCAAGAUCAUAUCAUUAGAUUUGUUUGUUAUUCCAAGGAUGUCACCUAAUUAGACCAUUCAUAAAAGAAGCGCAUACGAUGUAUCUUUGUUGCGACUUACUGACUUAUACCCUUCAGUCCAGUUCGCACUCGUACAAAUAUAUCAUGUGACGGGGCUGUUUCUUAAAUUUACAAUGAUGUUUAAAAUUGUAAAUAAAAUCUUUAUCAAGAUCCUUUGGAAAUUUGAUGGAAAGUUACUUUUAAAAGGAUGUUCAUAUCAAAAAUAUAUCAACAUCGAAAUCGCCAUUUGUGAAAAUAUUGCAAAUGGUGUUCACUCGGUGAAAUAAUAAUAUAUUU